GUAAUCCACUACGAAUCUUUCAACUAUAUUUUAUUUCCAUUUUAGAAUAUCUUCAAUCAUAGAAGGGUUAUUUAUUUAUCUAGUUAAUUAAUCAUCUCCGAGUAUAGAUCGCAUUUCAUUUCCAUAUUAUUAUUACAGCAGCAUCACCACCGUGAAACAUGGCGUUUCUCCGGUCCCUUCCACAACCACUAAAUCCAUUAUCAUCCACUGAUUUCCUUCAUCAUCACCGGCUUUCCUAUCCUCAACAACAACAACAUCACAUCAAUUUCCCCGUCACAAAAACCACCGCUCUCAAAGAUUCUGAUCUUUCUAGAAGCUUACAUGAUUCUAAAUCUCAAGUCUCUGAUGCUGUUCCUCUUUUAUCUUCCUCCCAGGUCUAUGAAAAGAUGAAAACAUUUAGAGAAAACAUAAAGGGAAAGCAGCAAUAUCUUGCCAUGUAUUCUGGUAUUUUUGGUGGGAUAACAACUGAUCCAGCAACUAUGGUUAUUCCUAUGGAUGACCAUAUGGUCCAUAGGGGCCACGGUGUCUUUGAUACUGCAGCAAUAAUGGACGGGUGUCUGUACGAGCUAGAUCAACAUCUGGAUCGCUUUUUAAAUUCAGCAUCAAGGUCGAAAAUAGAUCUCCCGUUUGAUCGUGAAAGUAUUCGAAGAAUUCUUAUACAAACUGUGAGCGCUUCUAAAUGUCGAAAUGGAUCACUAAGAUACUGGCUAUCAGCAGGACCGGGUGACUUUAACCUCUCUCCCUCUGGCUGCCACCAAUCGGUACUUUAUGCAAUUGUAAUACAGGACAUGUCACCAGCAGCGGACUCAGUUAAGUCCAAGGGAGUUAAAGUCAUCACUUCAUCUAUUCCGAUAAAACAUCGCAUGUUUGCCAUCACUAAGAGUGUGAAUUACCUUCCGAAUGUGCUUUCAAAGAUGGAGGCGGAAGAAGCUGAUGCUUUUGCAGGCAUUUGGCUUGACGAUGAAGGUUUUGUUGCUGAAGGGCCUAAUAUGAAUGUAGCUUUUGUAACUAAAGAGAAGGAACUUAUAAUGCCACACUUUGACAAAAUUCUAAGUGGGUGUACAGCUAAGAGAGUUUUAAUCCUUGCUGCGCGUUUGAUCGAGCAGGGUAAGCUUCGGGGGAUAAGAAAGAAAAACGUGUCUGUCGAAGAAGGGAAGAAAGCAGAUGAAAUGAUGCUUCUUGGUAGCGGAGUUCUAGUUUGCCCUGUAGUGCAGUGGGAUGAGCAGAUUAUUGGAGAUGGCAAAGAAGGCGAUAUAACACACGAUCUCUCAAAUCUAAUUGUUGAAGACAUGAAAUCAGCAUCUCCCUCUGUUAGAACACCUGUUAUAUAUUGACCCAACUUUAUUUCCUUCUGAAGAUGUGUGAUUAUGAACAUUCAUUAGUAGUUGUGAUCCUCAAAAUUACCUACAUUUUUGUUUCCCUAAGCUUUCCAUUUUGACUCAUUUGCACAUUUGGAGAUAGUGAAGUCCAUUUGAUCUGAAAUUUUGUAGUUAGGUUUGUAUAAUAAUGUAUAAAGGUUGUAUGCCAAAUUUGAGGUUCAAAAUA